CGAGGCGGAGACGGCCGCAAUAUUCAUCGACGGAUUAUUGAGUUGUUAAGAAGGAUUCAGAGAGGUAAACAAUCGGGCUCCGGCAAAGGCGGAGGCGGCGGCGGAGGCAUUGAAAGUAGUAAGGGAGGAGAAGGGAGCCGCGUGUUUAGGCAUAUGAUGCGAGAGAGACAAAGAAGGGAGAGGCUUAGCCAAAGCUAUGCUGAUUUACAUGCUAUGCUCUCUGCUCGGACAAAGGCGGAUAAGAAUUCGAUAGUGCAAACAGCUGCAGCGGUGGUGAGGGAGUUGAAAGGAGUGAAGGAAGGGUUACAGAAGAGAAAUGAGGAGCUGAUGAAAAUGGUGGCACCGGCGAUGGCUACGGAGGCGGCGGAAGGGACUAGUGUGAGAUUUGAAGAGAGAAUGGAGCUCGCUGGUGGGGAAGGCCGGGUGAUUACAGUCCGAGCGGAGAAUUCAACAUCGGCGAUGGAUUCGGUCAUUGGUGCUCUUCGUUGCCUCGAGCGCAUGGAUGUGCAGGCCAGAGCUAUUAGGACGGAGUUCGCGGGCGGCGGCGGAGGAGGGAUGAUUGGUGGUGUCAUGACCAUUGAGACUAAUGAGGUAUGGAAAAAAUGGAAAAACA